UCUCUCUCUCCCUCUCUCUCUCCCUCCACCAUCAAACUAACUCCUGCAUUUCAGAAACUCCAGACUGAAGCGACGCUGUCUCGUUUGUCUGUGUGGAUGUUUAAGAGCGAUGUAGUCACUCCGGAGGCAGUGUGAAGUCAUGGGUUCAGAGGCGGUAGAGGACUGCGUGCAGGGGGCGCUAUCUUCCCUCUACCCUCCUUUUGAAAGCACCGCUCCUCCUCUCCUCUCUCAGGUGUUCUCCGUACUCGAGUCCACCUAUCAGCACGACAGCUUGAGAUAUCUGCUGGAUUUCUUCAUUCCUGCCAAACACCUUCUGCACAGACUACAGCAGCAUGCAUGUUCUCAGUAUCUGGGCUGUCUCUUCUUGCACUCUGGUUGGCCACUGUGUUUGGGAGAGAAGGUAGUAGUACAGCUCUCUACUUUGGACUGGAGACUCCUGCGUAGUACUGACUUCUACCUACAGGUGGUCCCCUUCUCGACACGUUGUCCUCGCCUUGCUCUUAAGUGCCUUGCACCUGGUGGGAGGAAUGUACAGGAGGUCUUAGUGCCAGAGUCACAGCAUCCGCUGGUGUUUACUUCAGAGUGGCUACACUGCAUCAACAAGGAUCGUGGCUGCAAGAGAGAAGGUGGAGGAUGUUUGGACACCUGUCUGGUGAGUACAUGUGAUGGAGUGGUCCAUAUUCCAUGGGAAGAGGUAGUCUAUCCCAAACUCCUCCACAAUCCAUCCAGUCCUCUCCAAGACAAUCCUGAGCAAACUGACUUGUCAUCAGGCGGUUUGGGCCUUGGUUGGGGCAGCUCUUCAGCGGAGCAUGAUUCCUGGUCCUGGGAUGAAGAAGAUGGCUUGCCUCCAGAUGGGAAUGAGGCGGAGAUUGAGGCUGCCUUAGAACGCCUGCGCAGAAGCAGUGAUGAUCAUCUUGUAGCUGAUGGUGCUGGAGAUUAUGUUGAGCUGCUAGAGCCCAGAGGAGGCCCAGAUGGUGGUGCUGAUCCUAAACAGCGCUAUCUGGAGAUGCAUGGAAUAUGUAAGACCAAAACUUUGCCCCUGUGUAGGAGGGGUAAAGCAAUACGACUACGAAAGGGGAAGGGGAGAGGGUAUGGGAAAACUGAACCUGGUGCUAGGGCUGGAAGUCUGGUACGAAGGAAUAGCAACAACAACGGCAAGGAUGGUGUAGUUUCCUGCAGUGACUUGGAUACCUCACGCCCCUUGCCUCGUGUCAUUGAUUUAGGUUGCCAAAGAAGGUCAUAUUACCCUUCAUUGCAGGACUCUGACGAAGGUGCUAGAGACCCAGUAGGUCUCGAAUGCAGAUCUCCUUGCAAGGACAGUCUGGCCAAAGAGAGGAGGCCAGGGGUAGGAAAAGAGAGAGAUGGGACUGGGGGUACACUGCCCUGGGAUGAGUGUCAGAGGAAGAAAUGUUCCAGCAGGCGAUGUUCCACAGAUGAUAAUGAUGUGGCUAAGAACAAAGCAGAGAGUCUGGAAGACGGACAACAGGACCACAAUCAAAGAUCACACUGGGGCUGUGAUGAUAAAACAUUGGCCAGCACUUUAGACAGUAGACAUGAGGUUGCAACAUUAGCAAAUCCCUCCAAUGCUGCAGAUAAUGGAGCUGUCCCUUUGGCUGUUUAUGGAGAAACAGAAGAUAUAAACAAGAAAUUGGCUGGAGAAUCUAGGACACGGACAAUGUCUCUCCAAGAUUCUUCCAUGAACAUUGCAUCUGAUACAUCAGACUGUGCACAAAGCAGGACCAAUCACUCAGACAAUACUAGUAAAGAGAAAACGGAUAAAAGUUUGCCACCAUCAGGUACUGUAAGCGCCAUGGAAGAAAAGUGUCCUAGAAAGUCAGAUAACCUUAUUUGUCCCAGAGGAAAAGAAGUAAAAACAGGUGGAUUUAGAGCACCCAGGAGGAAAAGGAAAGCCAAAGGAGGCAAAGGAAAGACUAAAUCCAAUGGCCGUGUCCAACAUAAAGGCAAGGGUGACCAAAUUCACUCAAAGAACCCGCCCAAAGCCAUCCAACCAAUCAGCCAUUCUAGUCAAUCAGAGGAGGCUCCCAAAUUAUCUAAAGAUUGCAAAGGCUGUGUAGCAGCCUCUGACAUAGAAACAGAUGCAAAGUCAAAAGCCAAAGAUGGAGAAAGCCAGACUGGCACAUCCUUUCCUGACCAUUUCCAAAAUGAGAUGGGAUUAUCUGAAUCUGCUGCUCACUUAGAGUCCAAAUCGCCCCCUCCUCAUCUUAGAGACUUAGAUUUCAAUCUUCUUCAGUCAGGAAAGCUAAUAUUAACAGGUACGAUGGACCGACUGGGACGAGCAUUGGUUAUCACAGAAAGUCACCUCCCAGAGGAUGGAUGGAACACAGAUGAAAUAAUAAAAGUGUUGUCCUGCUAUUACACCAUCACCAGACCUAUGGCCAGAGAGAAGGGUCUUACUGUCAUAGUGGACAGCAGAAAGUCUGCCCCGUCUGAACUCUGUCUCUCUGCACUGAAGCUCUUCAAGGGGCAGGCAGAAACAGGGCUUGACUCAGUCCUUAUCCUAACUGAGGAGCAAGAUGAAUCGACCCAACCAUGUCUGGAUAGAAUAGAGGUGCAUACAGUACGAGGUACAGGCAUCCUUCAGCAGUUUGUGGACAAGCAGCAGUUGCCCAAAGAAAUGGGUGGAGACUUUAACCACUCACAUGAUGACUGGCUCACUUUCAGACUGAGUUUGGAGCAGCUGACAGAGCGCUGUGAGAGCGCCCUCACCCUGCUGGGAGACGCACUGCAGUCUAUGGACACAGAACCACUACCUGACUGCAUUAAGAAUGUUCCCCUCAGCGUCGACAAACACAGACAGUUAAUGACAAGCAUCCUCACUGACCAACGGCUGACAGAGCUGCAGCAGGGGGGCGGGGCUUGGCUGGCAGGUCUGGCCAAUGGGACAUCAGGGUUGGCACAGAAAUCACCAGACUGCAAGGCUGCUUUGGCAGUGGCCUCUAACCUGUAUGACAGUGUGGAUGACGCGCUUCACCGGCUAGUGCGUGUGUCCAAUCAGAGGGGUCGUGACCUGGAAGCGCUGGGGAGAUUGGCUGCACUUGUGGAUAAAUUGGACAAGUGUGAGAGAGACAUAGAGCACGUACAGCAGCAGCUCGAGGACUAUAAACAUCCUCCUCUGUCUCUCAGCAGACUGUCACUCAAACAGCACAAGUUCAGGAGCUUCAGAGAGUCUGCGAUGGAGCUUCACAGUGAGACUCUGGUGUUGCUGGGAGAGGUGGAGAGCUGGUCUGAGCUGGACUGGCCCGGUCUCAGAGCCGUGCUGGACAAACUCCCUCCAAUAAGAGAAAAAGUGCGAGACAUGUCUCACUGUCUGUCGGACUGCUGGACACAGCUGGACAACACACAACGGCUCCUGUCUACACUUACUGAAGCGUCUCAGUGGUGUGACGUGGUGUCGUCCUCCUCUCCUUCCUCUUCUUCAUCCUCCCCUCUCUCCUCUCUGCCUCCCAUCCCUCCAUCACGUUUCCAGGACGCUCGCGCUCUUGCGCUGGAUCUGGGUGGUGGGGCUUUGCUGGACCUCUGGUCCCAGACUCUGGAGCGCUAUCAGAAAACUCUGGCUCAGUUUAAGAGCCGGAUCCUGCAGGCAGAAAGAGGCUCGUCAAUGGCCCAGGGUCAGGAGCCGGACUCGGGGGGACGAGGGAGGACUCCCGCUUCCAGCACGUCCAGCCUGGGGGAUUUAGAGGGGGAGAUCGAGCCAGACUGGUGCCCUGGAGAAGGAGAGGGGGGCCUGCAAUCCUGGGGUUCACUGGCGUCUCUCUUCCGGCCACAAAACUGCUCAACACUCAAGAUUGGAGAGGAAAAGAAGAAAGAGGGGGUGAAUCCAGGAGGGGGGAAGUUUCUGCAAAACCUUCUGCACCCGGCCAAGAAAAAUGCCACAGACGCACCCCUCCCUCCCAAACCCCCUCGCAAGCGUCAUCCCAGUUUCGACCUCCAGGCUCUGCUGGCCCCACGCCGUUCGGCCGCCGUGUCUAAACCUGCAGAGUCCACAUCGGGCCAGUCCUCUCCACUGUCCUGGUUGGGCCGCCGGGGGCUGACGGAUCCCAUCCUUACGGCAGGGGUGGCAGCAGCGGUUCCAGGGUGGAGGGAUCCCACUGGAGCAGGAGCAGGAGCAGGAGUGCUGAUCAGAGGAGUGGAGGUCAGCAGUAAGGAAGUGGUGGAUCACACAGGCUUCACGCGCCAACAUGUGCUGCUUAACCGUACCGAGAGAGAGACGGGGAUGGAGAGAGCAGGAGCGACCGCACAGAGCAAGCUGUACUUACAGUGGUGUCGGCUGGUCAGCACAGAGAGGCAGUAUGUGGCUGUUCUUAAAGGUGUGGAGGAGAACUAUCUGCCCCUCCUGGAGUCUUCAGACGUCCCGUCUGCGCUGAGAGGAAAGACAGAGUCACUCUUCUGUAACUGGAAAAGCCUCUCUGCCUUCCACUCGCAGUCACUUCUCCCGGCCAUGGAGGGCGCUCUCUCCCAGACACUGCAGCAGACUGACUGCUUCAGCAAAUAUAAGGAUCAGUUUCUUCUGUAUUCCCACUACAUCCGGAUGAGACCUGAGCCGGACGCUCUGCUCAUCGGUCAGGCUGCUGACUUCUUCAGGUCAAAGCUGUCUUCGUCUCUUGUUCCUGCUCCUCCGUUUCCUCAGUGUCUCUCGGCUCCCGUUCAGAGACUGGAGCAGUACUGCCAGACACUAGAGGAACUGGGCGGUCUCAAUCCCACCUCUGACUCCGCCCUCUCCAUCCUAAAACACGCCCAGCGGCACGGAGAGGAUCUGCGAGCCAGUGAUCUCAUCACAGGGUGUCCGAUCCCCGUGGCGGAGCGUGGAGAUCUGGUGCGUCAGGGUGAGCUGUGUGUUUCCGGUGGAGGCCGACGGAAGAAGACGGGAAUCAGAAACAUCUUCCUCUAUCAGAACUAUCUCAUCUUCACCAAACACAAAACACCCAACCCAGGAUGCAGUGUGUACAGCUUCAAGCACAGCAUUAAGACGGGUGAGAUGGGUCUCACUCAGAGCGUGGGCGAGGACGGGCUGAGGUUUGAGGUGUGGGUGAGACAUGCGUCCCGCACCAGGGACUGUCUCACUCUCCAGGCCUCCAGCGUGCAGGAGAGAGGAACCUGGACCCACGACAUCGCACAGCUGCUCUGGACUCACGCCAUCCACAACACAGAGCUGUGUCUGAAGGAGUCUCUGUGUAUGGGAGUCUCCAGUAAGCUGCUACUGGACGUGACGGGAGCUCAAGUUUCAGACCUGGACUCCAGCUUCAGCCUGAAUGACAGAGUUCAGAGCAGUUGUUCAGAUUCAUCUUCUGUGGGCAGCAUGAAAGAGAGCGACUCACCCUCCACUGCAAGAGAUUCAAAGAGAAACGACGAGCAAACAGGUCACACUCAGAGCUCCUCACCCUCCACAUCUGUGUGAAUAAUUUCAACUCAUAAUGCAAGUCUUAAAAUAAAUACUCAAAGGUGCUUUAAUCAAAAACUCUGCCACAUAUUUCCGACUGGGAGAACUGGACACAGACUGGAUCACGAGACGCACACAGCCGUGUAAAUACAGUAUUACAGAAGCUGUGUGUCGGCAGCCGUCUCGCUUCUUUUACUUUCAGUUGCUCUUGAUAAUUGACUUUCAGGGAGUGAAUCAAAGCUGUUUUAACGUCUCAGGCCCACACACACAUCAGAAACUAAAAAAAAGAUGACAUUAAAGUCAACAGGAAAUCAAAAUUCCAGAAAAUCUAUUCAUUUUUAGGCCAUCCAAGAUUAGGAUUUUUAAGUUUGUUUCUUCAUCAGAUUUGUAGAAAUGUAGCACUGCACCAGUGUCUCAGCAAUGGAUGCUCUGCAGUGAAUGGGUGCCGUCAGAAUGAGAGU